AUGAGCAGCGGUGUUCAAGGAGGUAAAGCUUACGGCCUUCUGAAAUCACAACAGGAGGAGAAACUCAACUCUGUUAAUGAGGCUUUUCUCACGGAUCCAAAGUAUGCAGAAGAGGAAGAUCUGGCUUCAAAACUUGAAAUGUUUAAAAAGAAAUACAUGGAGUUUGAUCUUAACGACCAAGGGGAAAUAGAUAUGAUGGGGUUGAAACGCAUGCUGGAGAAACUCGGGUUAGCCAAAACCCACUUAGAGCUGAAAAAGAUGAUGUCAGAGGUGGCUGGAAGUGUAUCAAGAGACACCAUCAGCUACCACGACUUCCUGAAUAUGAUGCUGGGGAAACGAAAUGCAAUUCUAAAGCUGAUCUUGAUGUUUGAAGGAAUGGGAAAGGAGCAGGAGCAGAAGAGUGCUGGUCCGCCAUCUCGCAAAACCUUCUCAGACCUCCCCUAG